AUGCUGAAAGUGUUCCAAAAUUCCACCUUGCUAGCACAGCAGCUUAAAGGAUUAGCAUCGGUCCGGUAUUACGGAAAACCGAACAAAAAGUUCCUCUACAAAGACGGCAUACUGAAGGACCAGAUCUAUUACUACCCAAGGGACGGCAACCGCGAAAUACCGGCACUAGAAGGAGAACCAUCCAAACUAUUUAGCGUCCGGCGGUUGAAACCCAUCAAAGGAUUGCCGCACUGGGAAAAACGCAUACUACGCGGGUUGGGAUUAUACGAGAAAAACGCCGUGGCCGUGGUAAAAAACAUCCCGGAAAACAAUGCACGCCUGUGGAAAGUGAAACAUUUGGUGGAAAUUCUUCCAAUUACGUACAAGUACGGUGAACCGACCCAGGAUGACAUUGAGCGAACGUUCCUGAAGGAGGACGGCGAGUGUGUUGUGAUUCGGAAGCUAGAAGCAAUCGAAGUGGCCAACAGCAAGAUAACUGCGGCCGAGCAGAUUCGCAAUGCUAAGGAGCGCAUGGAUGGAGAAACGCUACGGAAGGAUUCGCGACUAAAGUGGUUAAAUGCUUGGUAG